CAUGGCGACGACCAUUGUGCUUUGCGACCGCUGUACUGUGGGGAAAACCAAGAGAAUAAAGCUUGAUUCGAUAAAUUUAAAUGACAAUGUUGGUAAAUUACGUAUUGCUGCAUCACAGAAGACGAACUUGCCAAAGGAACAAAUAGAGCUAAUUUACUGUGGCCGAUGUCUCCAAGAUGAUGAAACGUUGGAGUCCUAUGGGGUGAAGCCAGGGACAACUGUUCAUGCACUGAAGAAGACCAACAUAGAAGACAAUGAACAGCCCCUUGAAAAAAUGGAUAAAGCGUCUAUCCAACAAGUAGUGACAGCUCUCCAAGCUGCCAUAAUUAACCCUAGUCACAGGGCAGUGUUGGAACAAAUGUUGAAGAACUCUGAAACUGUAGAUAAUAUAAUAGCUGCCACUCCCAAACUAGACAAAGACCCAGUGGCUGUGGGAUGUUAUAUUUGUAAUAUUUUUCUGUUUGAUGUGACAUUUAACUCAUUUGCAAUAUUUUGUUAUUAUAUCAGAGUAAUUGAGGCCCACCCGUCUCUUGCUCAUGCAGCCAUGCACGUGGCGGCUGCUGUGAACGAAGCAGGAGCCAAGGCAGGACCUAGCACCCCUAGCAGGACACAGACAAGGAGUACAGGGACCUUUUCACUAGAUCAGAUGUCUGAUGAUGAAGAUCUGAUGGAGCAGGUACAGCCAGCGGCAGGUGGGCCAGCAGGUGCCCCAUUAUUAGGUCAGUCUCCAGGAGGGAUCACAGCAGCUCACCUGGCAGCAGCACUGGCAGCAGCAGCAGGAAGAUCUAGGCCCCCUGAUGGUAGUGGUCCGUCCACCAGUGGUCAGGGUCCGCCAGUGAUCACCUCGGACUUCUUUGCCCAGGCCAUGCAACAAGUGGCUCAGUCCCCCAAUAUGACUGGACCCCAUGUGUCUGGACCUCAGCCACCAUCACAGGAACAGCUCCAGUCCCAGUUACAGCAGCUACGUGACAUGGGGAUCACGGACAUCGCUAUGGCAACCAGAGCUUUGGAGGCUACUGGCGGGAACAUACAGGCUGCGCUGGAACUGCUCUUCAGUGAUGACAUCAUGUGAUUACUCUCAUUGAAAUGAUGGCCAAAUGGAGUGCAUGUGUAGAAAGUGAACUUUCAAAGAAUACUUGAGAAAAAAAGGAAAGAAAGGGCAUUUUGUGGAGUAGAAUCCUGAAUGCCAGUUUGAUGUAUAUGGGUUGUGCCAUUUUGAACUAUAAUUUAUAUGUUUAAAGGGGAAGAAACUCUUAUCAGAGUUAAUUUUUUGAAUUUGUCAUUUCUUUUGAGCAUCUUGAGUUUAACUAGGAUAAUUCAAGAUUUUUUUCAAGUCUAACUUUCUUAGAAUUUGGAAAUUUUUAUAAAUGUAUGUACGUAAAAGGUUAGUUCAGUAAGCUUUCUUUGAGCAAUAAACUACUGCAAACAUUUUUGAGUCAUCCGUUUUUCUCUAUAAAUAUAUUGUGAUUUAUACUGCAAACAUUUUAAAUUAUUUUCAUUUUCUCUAUUUUAUUUAUUUAUUUUUUUUUUUUGACUUGUGCUAAUGACUUGAUCUAUUCAAUGGGGAAAAUUUUUGAAUCCUACAGUCCCAAAAAAUAUGUUUCUCUAUAGCUUAUAUUAUGUGGUGCUUUGACUGUAUGCAACAGAACUAUAAGGUAGCCUACGUUUCAGUUCUGCUUUUAAGAAUUUAUGACUUAAAAAUACAUAUGUAGUAAAAUUCACAAUUUUCCCCAUUGAAAAGAUAAAGUCAUUGCCAUAUAUUAUGAUUCAUAAUUUUCUAUAAUUGCUCUCCUGUACAGGGCAUUUAUUCUGUACAAUUGCCAAUUUAGAUAAGUUCAAAAUAUUGUACACCUCAUUGGGGUAUCUCAUUUUUAAUGAUUCAUAUUGAAAAAAAAAACUGGAAAUGCCCAGUGUUAUCUUUUUAAUCUCAUGUUAGAUAUGAAAUUGAUUCAAGACUGUGAUUAAUAGUUGACCUUUAUGAGUAAGAAGUUUGACCUCAGAGCAUUUGGACAGAAAAUCAAUAAAAUUGCUCUUACAUAAAUUUUUGUUCAGCUAGUCAUUGAUAAAAAAGAAAAAAUAAAGACAUUGAAAAUACAGCUGAAAAAAUCAAUGUCGUUUCAAAUAUAUUUUGCCUCUAUUAUAUGUUUGCUAUCAACAGCUGAUAGAAAUAAAGAGCAUCAACUGAGCAUGGUUUAAGUAUAUAAUCUGACUUUGCAAUUCACUGUCAUGUUAGCAAGUGUAUUAAAACAACUUUAAUCCCUUUUUCAGAAUCACGCUAUUAUUCAAGUUGUUUGCCUAAGACACAAAUAAAUACUUCACGUCAGGCAUUCAUGUGCAAGCAACUCAUUAAAUGUAGUGUUAUCUUUUGCAGUAUC